CCAGGCUAACAGAGUAAAGUUGACAAGUGUCCUGUACUAAGGUAUUUCUGUUGGUUUGUUAAGGAGACUAGGACCCAGGCUAGCAGAGUAAAGUUGACAAGUGUCCUGUACUAUGGUAUGUCUGUUGGUCUGUUCUCUUCCAGUUGUGGCCUGUCUAGUGUCCAUAAUGGGUGGUUCAUCUCUCCCUAGCCCUAUUCUGAUUGGUCCAGACAAGGCCUACCUCAACUCCAAGGUAGAGUUCCAAUGUAGGUCACCUGGGUCUCCUCCACCAAACACGUACGAGCUCCUGAAGGACGGCAACCACCUGGUUGCCACGAGCAACGACCUCCAAGACGAGCGAUCGGCUACAUUCUUCCUGAAGAUCUCUGUGACGUCAGGAGGAUCGUACCACUGCAGGGUGACGGCAGGUGGAAACAUGGGCCUCAGUGGAACAGUCCGUCUGCAAGUAGUGAUCCCUGUCUCAGGCACUAUGGUGACCUCUGACCCUGAUCCUCCCAUUCUCUACGAGGGGUUGCGGCUCACUCUCACCUGUGAUGUCACCAAGGGCUCCCACCUCUCCUACACCUGGUUCUACAACAGACAGGAAGUGACAUCAUCUCCAACCUCACCUUUGACCCCGCUUCUGCUUUGGCCGGUGGGGAACACGCUGGUGGUGGAGAGGGUCACAGCAAAGCAUGCUGGGAAUUAUUCGUGCAUUGCCGGGACCAGGAUGCAGACCAACAGCAGGUUCUCCAGCAGCAGAGAGGUCACGGUCAGGGUCAAAGCCUAUCUCUCCGUACCCCAAAUAUCCUUCACCAUCUCCAAAGAGGGUUCGAGUUACUGCGGCAAUGUGACCUGCAGGUCGUCAAGGGGAACCCCUCCUGUGACUUUCUACCUCUUCCUUGACGACAAGGAGGUGGGUUCCGGCGUGGCAACGGAGUCGCUGGUUGCCUGGUUCUCCAUUGCCAUGGUUCCCGGGCGUGACAUGGGCACGGUGCGGUGUACAGUGGAGAGUGAUGCACAGAGACUGACCAGCAGACCCCUCACUCUGGUAGUGGUCCCAGUAGGAGGCUCACCAAAGGUGGAUGUGGAGUACCUUUACAGGGUUGAUUCCAAGAUGGCUGCCGCUCGUCUCCAAUGCCUCCUGGGCCUCGGGACAUUCCCUUUCUUCUCCUGGUCCCUCAACGGCUCCCUCCUCCUUCACCCCUCCGAGGGAGACUCCUCUCAACCCUCUCAUGCCCUCGCGGACGGAGGGCGCACCCUAUUCCUCACCGAGAUCACCCUAGAGGACUCUGGGUAUUAUCGGUGCAGGGCAAAGGACAGUUAUGACGUAACGUCCGCCUGGGUGGAAAGCCAACCUGUCCUUGUGCAGGUCACAGAAGUUGCCACGACAACCAUAGAGGUCAUGGCCAUAGUAUUCUGCUGUCUCCUCAUGUUGACCCUGGCAGGGGUGUGGCCUGUGUGAUGAGGAUGCUCAACCGCCAACGAGACAUUGUUGCAAGCAGCGAGCAGAGAGCGAGAGCAGCACAUGAAAGACGAUUCAGCGAACAUUUCUGCAUCAUUCCAGAUCCACUUCCUCUGUCUGACAUUACUACCAGGUCAGGGGUCAAGCAAGUGGACACGUCCUGUGUUGACAGUGAUGUUGAGAAUCAGACCCUUGAGAUCACAAUAUAACCGACGUGAUGAAAUAAAACACAACCUAAGACCGACGAGUUCCUCACAAAAUAAUCCUUCAAUGUCAUUUUAUCCAACACUUCAGCCCAUUUUUCAGAUUGAAGUGUUAUAUUUUCAAAACUCUCACAACAAAAUUCAAAACUCAUAUUGAUUGCAGUACUCGCGGGGGUAAUACACUCAACCACUGCUACUUCCGUGAUCCAUACAAAGCCCUUCCCCGCCACCCCUUCGGCAAAUCCGACCACGGCGCCAUCUUGCUCCUACCGUCUUAUUGGUAGAAACUCAAACAGGAUGUACCAGUGACUAGAACCAUUCAACGCUGGUCUGACCAAUCGGAAUCCAUUCUUCACGAUUGUUUGAUCAUGCAGACUGGGAUAUGCUCCGGUCAGCCUCAGAGAACAACAUUGAUCUAUACGCUGACUCUGUGAGUGAGUUUAUAAGGAAGUGCAUUGGAGAUGUUGUACCCACUGUGCCUAUUAAAACCUUCCCCAACCAGAAACCGUGGAUG